AACAAAGCUCGACUGAGAGAUCACAUCACCGCUGACGAUUCUGGCCGGACGGUCCGUCUGAAUUGCUAUUCAAUAAAGAGUACAAAACGUGUUUUUGCUCGUUUUUUCACUGGAUAUUUUUUUAUGAGACUUAUCUGCGUCGGUUCGCUGUUUAACAACAAGCCGGAAGUAACGGCAGGGAUGAGGAUUGCACAUCUUUCUCUGGAAACGCAUCAGUUCCGCUGGUCUGCCUCGUGACUCCAGCAGCGACCGAGAGCCGAAGGAGGAGGAGCAGGAGACAGCCGAUGAUCCGGGGCCCCGUCCGCUCCCCUGAAGCGCUGAUGCACGCCCGGAUCCGCAGGAACAGAGGAGGCUGCACGGGGAGGCGCUGAAAUGAGAUGAGGCUCAGACAUGGAACUGUUGCCACUGCGAUUGUUUUCUUCACGUCGUUUCUCAGUCUGUCCUGGUACACGGCUUGGCAGAAUGGCAAAGAAAAGUUGGUAGCCUAUCAGAGGGAGUUUCAUUCCCUGAGGGAGCGUCUGCGUGUGGCGGAGCACCGAACCCUCCAGCGCUCCUCCGAGCUCAACGCCAUCCUCGAGCAGUUCAGACGGGCCAUCGCAGAAACCAACGGCAGCAAAGACGCUCUCUCCAACUUCUCAGACGAGACACAGAAGUUGCUGAAGGAGUUGGCUCACAGGAAGCCCCUCCAUGUGCCAAAUAUCUACCACCAUCUGCCUCACCUGCUCAACAAUGAAGGCAGCCUGCACCCUGCUGUACAGGUGGGCCAGGGACGAACCGGAGUUUCCAUCGUGAUGGGCAUCCCCACGGUGAAGCGGAAAGUAAAGUCAUACCUGUCAGAGACGCUUCAUUCACUCAUCGAUAAACUCUCGGCGGAGGAGAAGCUCGACUGCGUCAUCAUCGUGUUCGUGGGAGAGACGGACAUAGAUUAUGUAAACAGUGUGGUUGCAGGCCUUGAAAAAGAGUUCUACACAGAGCUGAAUUCGGGGUUACUGGAGGUCAUAUCUCCCCCUGCCAGCUACUACCCAGACCUCGCCAACUUGAAAGAGACCUUUGGGGACUCGAAGGAGCGGGUGAAAUGGAGGACCAAGCAGAACUUGGACUAUUCCUUUCUAAUGAUGUAUGCCGUGAACAAAGGGGUCUAUUAUGUCCAGUUGGAGGAUGACAUCGUUGCCAAACCCAACUAUUUUGCAACCAUGAAAAACUUUGCAGUUCAACUGGCCUCAGAGGACUGGAUGAUCCUUGAGUUUUCACAGCUGGGCUUCAUUGGUAAGAUGUUCCAAGCCCCAGAUCUAAAUCUGAUUGUGGAGUUUAUCUUCAUGUUUUAUAAGGAGAAGCCCAUUGAUUGGCUGCUGGAUCACAUUCUCUGGGUCAAAGUGUGCAACCCAGAGAAAGAUGGCAAGCACUGUGAGAGACAGAAGUCGAGUCUGCGCAUUCGUUUCAGGCCCUCUUUGUUUCAGCACGUAGGCCUACACUCCUCCCUUGCUGGGAAAAUCCAGAAACUCACGGAUAAAGACUUCCUGAAACCUCUGCUGCAUAAGAUUCACGUGAACCCGCCGGCGGAGGUGUCCACCUCUUUAAAAGUGUAUCAAGGUCAUACACUGGAGAAGACGUACAUGGGCGAGGACUUUUUCUGGGCCAUUACUCCAAUGGCUGGAGACUACGUCCUGUUCAAGUUUGAUCGGCCCGUCAACAUAGAAAGGUUCCUUUUUCGCAGUGGAAACCAGGAGCACCCAGGAGACAAAAUCGAGAACACUACUGUCGAGUUCCUGCCCUUCUCGGAUGCUGGAUUGAAGACCAAAGAGAAGUACAAACGAACAGAAGAUCGGUUCUAUAAGCUUGCUCAGUUUGAGAAAGGAGUGGCAGAGGGGACGGUUGACCCGGUCUUCAACCCCGUGGCGGCUGUUCGUCUGACGGUCCAGAAGGACUCCGCCGUGUGGGCCAUUAUUAGCGAGAUCCAUAUCAAGAGGAUACCUGGGUAACGGCCUGAAAGUCUCCAGUGGUCUGGUGCUGCUGGCAUCUACAGCGGAUCGAGUGACCCUCACAUUACCAGAGCGCGUGGAGGAACCCUGGCUUCGUGCUUCACCUCUUAAACUUUACUUUUUCCUCUUUUUUCUUUUUCUUCUCGUCUCCCUCUGGUAGUUUUGACAUUGUUUCUUCUCUUCUACUUGCCUUGGCCUCUUUCGUCAGACUUUAUUUGACCUUUUAAUAUUCCCUGAAUUCUGUUGUGUGAACGUGACUACUACUGUACAGGAAAGCAAGCAAGCCAACACUUUUUGACAGAAUGUUUCCUGACACUAAAUCUGUGUCGUGAAGAAUUGCAAUCAUGGCUGUUGAUAAAGCUUGGAGUUCAGGAUUCAAAGCUGCACUGAUGCUGGAUAAUAAGAAGAUUGUCCUCAGCGCUCUGCCGUCGUGGACCGUAACUGACCAUACACUUUGGGUCAGAUAAACACGGCUGGAGAUGAACGUGGGAUGAAAGAAAUGUUUUUUAGGUUUGAUGCCGUUGGUGUUCGACACUCUGUUCAGAACAUGUGGAGACCAGUUUAUUAUUUAAUUGACUGCUUUGCCAAAAUCUAAAAUAUCUUUGCAUAUCUUUGUGCGUCCACUUGGUCUACAGAAGUGGCUUUUCUUCCUCUGUGUUGGUUUAUUCAAAGAAAUCAAUCAUGGCUUUUAAUCCGAAGGUUUUUAAUUGCUGUUAUUAUUAUUAUUAUUAUUAUGAUAAUGACGAUCUAUGAAGGUGAAUUAAUUUAUUUGAAAUAAAUCUUUAAUUUGUACAAAAGGUAAAUGCUUUUAUUUUAUAUUCUUUGGCAGUUUCUGAUGUGGUAGAGAAUGUAUUGUUUGUAUCUUUGUGUAGUUGAGAGGGGUGCAGGGCCGCCCACCUCUGUGCCUUCACAUCCAGCGUCCCAGUUUGGGGCCUGGUAAAGGACUGCCUUGUGCCCUGCGUCCAAACCCUUCAAUCGUACAAUCAGAUAGUCUGUUAGAUGCUUGAUUCAAGAGAGACGCUCACGUUUAGAGCAUGGCAUGUUCAUAUUUAUGUUUCAGAAUCUUUCGUUGUUCAUCUCAAACAGUCGGCUUUCUUCACGUCAGUCUGACAAGUUCGUCUUUCUAUGCUGUAUCACAAGUGUCUGAAUGUUCAGUGAGGCAUGAUGAAGUCCAGAUGCAAUCUGCUGGGUUUUUCUGCACAGAAUUAAUUCAAAUGUGGUGAUUAAAGAAGCUGAGGGGACUUCGUAUCUGAAAGCACAAUCUACGGAGACCCUGAAUGGACAUGGGGAAAUAAAAUGAGCUGACCCUUUUAAAAACUGAAUUAUAUUUCCGUGUUUUUGAUUCUCUCACUAAAUGUUCACAUUUCACCAACAAACUUUGGGUUUGCAGAAAUGUUUUGCAUCUCCGGACAAACUAUAUGUUUGCUCUAAAAGCUUUUGUGAUGGAAAUAUACGUUAGGACCAACAACUAUAUUUCAAGACUUUGCGAGAGAACGCAAAAGUUUAGAUAGAUAAUGAAAAAAGUUUAGUGAGCGAAUUAAAUUUUUUGGGACUAAAACACAGUACUUUUUGUAAACGUUUUGUGAGCGAACACCAAUUUUAUUGGGGGAAUGUAACAUUUAUGCAAUUUAACAAGCAAAUUCAAAAACAUUGAAAUAUAUAUAUAUAUAUAUCUUUCUUUUCUCAUCACCUUGUCCACUUGACUCAAUCAAAUAAGUCACAAUAUGUAAAAAUGCGCAGAACUUGACAGGCGUUUAAAGCUUUCUGUGGAGUUCUGCAGAUGCAGAUUCUGUGUGGACCUGGUCAGGAGCAAAAUAUUUGCAGAACCACAGAUUUAUAAUGGAAAUGGAAUAGAAUUUAAGGCCCGUUCACACCAAGCAUGAUAACAAUCAAGAUUUCGUUCUAAAAAUCAUUCUCAAUAUUAAAGAAUAGCAGAGUCCACUGUUAUCAUUUUUAGAACCAUUUUUUUCCCAGUGUGCACACUAAUAUCCGUAUCUUUAUAGUUCUCGUUCUUGGUGUGAACAGGGCUUCACAGCUAUUUUUCAGUAGUGUGAAGUGUGUGUGUGCUGGUUUUGACACCUGGAUUCAUGACACUGUACCUUUAUCAUAUUACAAAGCUAUGGCUCGUAUUGAUUUAGCUUGUAGCUCCUGACGUAGGGACUUGAAGCUGAGGUAACUGCUGUACAGAUUCACAAAGUGCUCUCAUCUCAUGUGAUUGUAAAUAUAAGAUGGAAGUUUUAGUUCAGUCGGACAUCAUGUGUCCUUGUGUUUUCCUUGAUGCUGAAGUUUCAGAGCAUAUCCUUUAUACAUGCAUACACCUUCAUUUUAGUGACUACUUGAGCAGUGUGUGUUUUUAAUAAAAGGCCAAAAUACUGUCAUAACCAUUUAUUUACAGUUCGUUUCUGAUCUCUCCUGAGAGACCACAGUAGAGUGGUUUUCAGUGUUUUGUCGAACUUAUGCCUUUUUAGUCAGGUUUGUGCUCAAUGAUCUGUCUCCUCGCCUGUUUUAGCACUGAAAGAUGGAUUGUUACCUCUUGUUAAACUCUCAUGGGCCGGUUUCCCAUCGGGGAUCAGUGCAUGUCCCUCUUGAAACCCACCCUUCAGUCUUACAUUGAGAUGAAUCGGACAUGAAAUGUGCUCCUCUUGUGUGGUGCAUUCUUGACGUUCAUGUGCCUUCAUCUGUCUUUCUCCAGCUCUGACAUUGAUUUGAAUAAACUGUUCCAAAAUAAGCCUUUGACAUAAUUCAUCAUUUUAUGUUUCUGUCGUGUUUCCCUCAUUGCGCAUGUAAUAUUUUCCUGUUUUGAAGAGGCAUGUUGUGAUGUGACGUCAUCAAAGAGUGAUGUAUGUAUGAAUUAUGCCGUUUUAGGACAAUAUUUUCUUCUCGUCUUAUAGAAAAAUGGGUCUAAAUUUAGGACUUACCCCACAAAUAAAGACAUUUAUGAUA